AUGGCUGAGACUAGUAUAAACGACAGAAACGACGAUCCAGAAAACGAAAAAUCCAUCAAAAAUAUAAAGAGAGUGUCCAAAGCGUUCCUUUCCAGAGACCCCAAACGUCCAAUCCAGGUAACCAUCAAUGAUGUCCAACAACUGAAGAAGAGAACGUUCAAGUCCUUCUCGUUCAAAGGCGUUGACCUCGAGCAGCUUUUGAAGCUCGACACCGAGGAGUUCACCCAGCUCUGCGGUGCCAGAGUCAGAAGAAGAUUCUCCAGAGGUUUGGGCGCCAAGCCUAUGGGCUUCAUUGCCAAGUUGAGAGCCGCCAAGUUGGCUGCCCCAGCUAACGAGAAGCCAGCUAUUGUCAAGACCCACUUGAGAAACAUGAUUGUUGUUCCAGAGAUGAUCGGCUCCGUCGUUGGUGUCUACAACGGUAAGGUUUUCAACACCGUCGAGAUCAAGCCAGAGAUGGUUGGCCACUACUUGGGUGAGUUCUCCAUCACUUACACCCCAGUCAGACACGGUAGAGCCGGUAACGCUUCUUCCAGAUUCAUUCCAUUGAGAUAG